AUGGCUUUCUCAGGAACCUACGAGCUACAGUCCCAUGAGAACUUUGAGAGUUUCAUGAAAGCGAUUGGGAUUCCUGAUGAUGCAAUCCAGAAAUGUAAAGAUUUGAAGACUAUCACAGAAAUUGUCCAGAAUGGAAAUCAUUUUGUGAUCACAAUGACCACAGGGCCCAGUGUCCUACGCAAUGAGUUCACAGUUGGUGAGGAGGCUGAGCUGGAGUCAGUGACUGGAAAAAUGAAGUCUGUCGUUAAUUUUGUGGACGGCAAAUUGGUUGUGCAGCUUCAGGACAUCCAGUCUGUCACUGAACUCUCCGGAGAGCUUCUCAUCUGUACUCUGACCUGCAAAGGAAAUGUCUACAAGACAGUCAACAAGAAACGUCCCUGGAACAGCAAGCUUCCAUUGGUGUAA